AUGUCGGACAACCCAGAUAAAUCCCCUUUACUAUCUCAUUCGCAACGCCCUGGUUCUCCAAUCCCGUCCAUUCGGUCUGGUUCCCCAGCCCCUGGCUCCCUUCCAAGGCAUAUUACAACAGCCCGCCUUGCUACACCCAUCCCAUCGUCAUUUGAUGGACAGAGCCAGAGCCAAAGCCAAAGCCCCCGGGCAAUUCCUAUUUCAAAUGGGUUAUCGUUGGAGCAAAUCACCCUUCCCCCUAGGGCUCAUGCGUUCUCACUCCAUGGUCCGGGUCAUUCCGCUUUAGCAUCUGCUCUACAGCACGAUUCCGUACAGGGAAAGCCCUCAGGGAACACCUCUCCCCCUUCAACAAAAUCCGAUUCGCCUCCUUUGCCCCCUGCGAAAUCGACGUAUGGGUCCUUCGAUGCCAGAUCCGGUAAAGACGGUGGAUCAGACCAAGGUGCCGGGACGAUGGAAAACCCAGAUAUAGUAAGGAAGCAUUUGGUUCAGCCGCAGCAUGACUCGGAUAACCGUGCGUCAGGACAGAGUUCGGACUCUUCGAGGAAUGCGGGACCGAAUGAGGAGUUUUCUAGUCUUCAACUCCAGGGGGGGGAUAUUACAAGACCUAUCUAUCGUUGGGCUGAGGAACUAGCUGGAAAGGGCACCAAUGGUUCUCGUCGCAGACGCAGUUUUGAUAUAGCUCGACCAGAGCCCGAGAGUGAGGUCCUGGACAUCAAUACGAUCAAAGUUCCUGGAGGUUUCCGGAGAGAUUUUCUCCGUCGUGUUGCUGGUCCCGGGGAUUUACAAGAUCUUCACGCCGCUGAACAAGGUGAACAUCAAAACGGUAGACCAGUUCUACUUACGAACAAUUUCCUAGAGUUCCUGACUCUAUAUGGCCACUUUGCAGGAGAGGAAUUGGAAGAGGACGACGAGGCACUGGGACCGGAUGAGUACUUUGCCCCUGACCUAUGGAGUCAUCGGGAGUCAAUGAGAGAUGAGGAUAGAAGAUUGCUGGCAGAAGAGGAACCUCUCCUCCGCCCAGAGACUCCUGGAAAACCCCGUAGACCCAAAGAACGCACUAAACAACCGAACACCACCUCAACAGGAGCAAUGCUUCUCCUUCUGAAAUCGUUCGUUGGGACGGGGGUUUUGUUCCUGCCAAGAGCUUUCAUGAAUGGAGGAAUGCUUUUCAGCUCUGUGGUGCUCGUUUCCGUGUCCCUCCUUAGCUACUACUGCUUUAUACUCCUUGUCAACACGCGACUAAAAAUACAUGGGUCAUUCGGUGAUAUUGGUGGCGUGCUCUACGGCAAACACAUGAGACGGAUCAUUCUAGGAUCCAUUGUCCUCAGCCAACUUGGUUUUGUGUCUGCAUAUAUUGUCUUCGUUUCCCAAAACCUACAAGCGUUUGUUCUUGCUGUGAGCAAGUGCAAAACUUAUAUCGACAUCAAGCUCAUGAUAUUGAUACAAUUAGUUGUUUUCCUACCUCUCUCCUUAAUCCGUGAUAUCAGUAAACUAGGGUUUACAGCUCUCAUUGCGGAUGUUUUCAUCCUAAUGGGCAUUAUCUACCUAUACGUCUAUGGCGUUGAGACAAUCGUCGACAAUGGCGGCGUUGCAGACAUCAAACCAUUCAAUCCCGUGAGCUGGACUCUAUUUAUCGGCACCGCCAUCUUCACAUAUGAAGGCGUCGGCCUCAUCAUACCCAUCCAGGAAUCCAUGAAGAAGCCUCAAAAGUUCCCUGGCGUCCUGGCCUUCGUGAUGUUUAUGAUAACCGCCGUAUUUCUCUCGAUGGGAGUGCUUGGCUACGCCGCUUUCGGCUCCAAGACUGAAACCGUCGUCUUACUUAACCUGCCGCAGGAUAGUAAGGUGGUUAACGGGAUCCAAUUCCUGUAUUCUUUGGCGAUUCUUCUCAGCACACCGCUCCAACUUUUCCCCGCGAUCCGAAUCUUGGAAAACGAGCUGUUCACCCGCAGCGGGAAAUAUAACCCAGGCAUCAAAUGGAAGAAGAACGGGUUUCGGUCCCUCCUAGUCGUGUUUUGCGCUCUCGUUGCAUGGGGUGGUGCAGCAGAUUUAGAUAAAUUUGUUGCGCUCGUCGGGAGCUUCGCCUGCGUACCAUUAGUUUACGUGUAUCCUCCAAUGCUACAUCUCAAAGCUGUUUCGACAACCGCGCGCCAGAGAUAUGCAGACAUCGGCCUCGCAGUAUUCGGCAUGAUCGGGUGUGUCUACACCACCGUCCUCACCGUUUCAAAUUGGGCCGCGGGCGAAUCUUCUGGAAACCCUCGUCAUUGUUCCAUAUAA